GCAAUCAAGAACGGGAAAGGGCUGCAUAGCAAGAAGGAGGUCCCCAUCCACAGAGUGGCUGAUAUCUCGGGGGUAAGAUGGAUUAGUGUGAGAGUGUGGGUGGGGGUGGGAGAGAGAGAAAUGUUUGUGGGUCUUUGAGGAAUAAUUGUUUGUGUUCACUGUUAUGUGACUAGGCUUAUAUGUUGUGUGUUUUUCCCCCUUCAGUCUGUGUGUGUGUGUGUGCGCGCGCGCAAUGUUCAUACACAUUCUCACGUCACCAGGUCCAGUAUCCCCAAAACAUUUUGGGGACCAUCAUUCUUCUUGAUAAUAUAAUUGCCAAACCUUGACCCACCAGUCUCAAUGCCCUCCAGUCUCUCCCAAGCCACUCCCCAGGACAAACCCAUAGAUUAAUCACUCUAAGGAAUAUCCAUAAUACCAGUCCCCCCCAGUAUUAAAGCAAUAAAGGCCCAUCUAAAUAUAGUCCCCUCUGCGUUAAUAAAGUCAUCUAGGAAGUUGUUUACAUGUGCCAGGGGCAGCAGACAGCGUCUCUGCUUAUGAAAAUUGAUUGGGCUGCUCACUAAAUGAAGAUUAGAUUUUACUCUGCGCACUCUCCACACAAUCUCUGUGGACCGCGUGCGUUAAAGCACAUAAAGGAAUGGCGGCUGUACUCCAGUGUGUGUGUAUCUUUCUCUGUGUUGUCUGUCUGUACCUGUGUGUGUUGAUCUUGCCCAGUCCCCCCUCUAAAGGUGCUCCGUCUCUCUCAGCAGCCCUCUGUGUUUCACUGCAGCCAUAUUAGAGGGUGAUACGACACAUCACCAUGUCAGCUUGUUUCCCCAUCACUCUGAAGACUGACAGCCGCCCAGGAAUAGAUCCUUGAUACCAUGCCAAUCUGUUGAGGACUUCUGCCAAUCAGGGAGAACAAGCGUGCUUGUGUGUGUGUGUGUGUGUGUGUGUGUGUGUGUAUGUUCCUCCAUCUUAAAGUACUGCUCCAUCUUGGCUGGAGAGCUGGGCUGUGGAGGCUGUGGUGGCCGGACCAGGCUAAUGUAAUGAGUAUUCUCAUAAAAAGCUCAAAAUAGCAGCUAACAGCCCACCACCGCCCCCCUCAGCUCUCCGCCUGUGUCACACACACACAGGGAUAUUACCAAGAGGGAUUAUGGAAAAUACAGUGGAUAUAUUAUGGAAUAUAAGGGGAUGUGUGUACAGUAUGUAUGUAUAUAUACAAAGGUGGGGGGUGCUGAGUGGAUAUGGCACUGGGACACCUCUCUCUCUCUCUCUCUCUCUCUCUCUCUCUCUCUCUCUCUCUCUCUCUGAACCAACACACAUUGGUACAGGUUGCGUGAACGCAGUCCUCCCUUCAUAUUUGCUUCCUUCCCUCCUGACUCCUGCGCCCCAGCCCAGAUAGUGUGUGUGUUUCCCUAUUCCCAUUGCCCACCGUUCUCCAUCCUAAGAGUUCAUCUGAACAGAGAAAUGAUCUGUCGUUCAGGGCUAGAUUCCUGCCCAGUAACUUGAAUCACCACAACAAUGUUGACUUUGCACUCUGCAAACCUGAGCAACCUGGUGCUUGAUGGAGUAGUUCUACCUUGUCAACAACAUAUUACCUCAUCCUCCUUACCCAGGACAUCCAUCUGUUUUUCCAGAACACAAUCUCUCUUCCUCUACAGACACACACACCCCCACUACAUCUAAAUCAUGAGAGAGGGCUAGUGAGUCACUGCCUUGUUUGUUGUGGCUGCAUUGGCCUGCCUGCCUAGCUGUGUAUUUAUUAAUAUAACUCUCUCUCUCUGCCAUUGAUUCGUCAGCCUGUCUGAAUAAGCGAUGAUUUAGCCACGCUUGUAAUUCUGGCCUUGGCAUACCCAUUAAGCCAGUGACUCACCAGAAGGGAGAGAGGGAGAUGAGGCCUAGCAAUGUCAUGGUGAAAUCAUCGGUCCGUUCACCCCACGCUAUGAGCUUCAACCUAGAUUUACUAAUCUGUACAUGAAGUGGAUGGACUAAGACUGAGGUGUAUGAUCCACUAUCAGACCAUCGAAAUGACCAUGGAGAUCUGCAUUUAUAGGGUGAAGCUGCUACUCUGAACAUGUUUGAGGUGUGAACAUCCUUAUUUGUUUGUCAGUUCCUCCUACUCACUGUUUCUCUCUCUCUCUCUCUCUCUCUCUCUCUCUCGCUCUCUCUCUCAGGAGACACAGAAGGCCAAGCAGUUCCUGCCAUUCCUCCAGAGAGCAGGCCGCUCGGAGGCGGUGGUAGAAUACGUUUUCAGUGGCUCCCGCCUCAAACUCUACAUGCCCAAAGAGACCUGCCUCAUCACCUUCCUCCUUGCCGGUAAGUAG